AUGAAGGCGUUUUUAAAGAAUUUUGCAAAGGCUAUUGGAGGUUCCGAUAAAGUUUCUUCUGAAAGUCAAGUCUUGUUGGAGAAUAUUCCAUUCGAAGCCAAAAUGAGGGAACAAUAUCCUUGUAAUGUGCUUGGUUAUAGUACUUUUUACAAUGAUCAAGGACUACCAAAUGAUAGAACUCAACAAUGGUGUCCAUAUCAAGUUAUUGGACCACCUACUUGUUAUCCAAAUUUAGGAGAUAAUGUGACUGCUUGGUGUCCUGCUGGAAUGGCUGGUCCUGAACACAUUAUUGUAGAAUAUGAAAAGCCAGUUAUUGCAAAGGAAGUUCAUGUUUAUGAAACCUUAGGACCUGGAUCAACUUGUAAAAUAUCUUGUAAAGUAUAUAAGGGAGAGGAAGAUAAAUCAGAAGAAUGGAUUGUCUUGUGGGAAGAUAAAACAGUCGUGACAAAUGUUUCGGCUACAGCAGCAAGAGAUUUUUCUCCUCCAAUCUCUCAACUAGUUCUUACCAAGGUUAUAAGGGUAGACUUGAAUAUUACAUCCACUUGGUCUGAAAUUGAUACAAUUAAAUUAGUAGGAAAUUAUGAUGUGGAUCAUGUGGAAAUUACAGAACUUGGAUCAGAAUAUAGACAAUUGUUCACUCAAGCUCAGGAAGAUGGGCAAAACUACUCCGAUGUCACCAUUUCUUUGGUUAAUUCUGACAAGCAAAUUAAUGCACACAAGGGAAUUAUUGCUAGUAGAUCGCCAUAUUUACUCAAACAAUUGACUGUUCAAGAUGGUCCACAGAUUCAUUUAGGGCUUGAUGUCUCUUUUGAAAGUUUAAAACAAGCCAUCUCAUUCUUGUAUUGUAAUCAUUGUGCUGUUUCUCUUGAUACACUUUUUGAGCUCUAUGCAAUUGCCAACAUUUUUGAUUGUGAUGAUUUGAAAGAGUUUUGUGAACAUAAUUUGACACUCUUGCUUACUCCAAGUAAUCUUCAGGAAGUUUAUGAUAAGGCAGUUCAAAACCAUCAUACAUCAUUAACAGAUACCAUCCUUAGAGUUAUGUUCAAGCACUACGAUAGAAUACAACAACUUGGUUUACAACAAAUUCUCACAGAGAAAGAUGCUCUCACCCUUAAAAAUAUGAGACGAUCAAAUAGUAAAUAA